GAAAUCAAUACCACUGUUUUCAUACAUAUUCUUUGUUCACUGUCUACACGGAAUCAUGAAAACGCUAAAUCAGCUUUAUGUAACGAAAUAGAGAUGACUUGUCUAUGUUCAUCGUUUGUUUCGUUUUUGCAAGGUAAGAUAUAUUGAGUCGUCACAGCGAUAUUCAAUAGUGAGUGAGUAAUAAGCUACUGUCAGCUGUCAGAAUAAUUCGAUAACUCGACGAAUUUAUUCUUUGCUUUUCUUCAGACGAAAUAGAUACCUUAACAUUAUGUCUUGCCGGUCAAAGAUAUUCAAGCUUGUUUCCGAAAUCAUAGUAAAUAGCAGCAAUAUCUGAUUGGAAAUGUUUUUAAUACCUUUCGGAACCUCAAGACAGCGAGGUUAAUUUAUUUUUCCUGUACAUGCUUCCCGAGAAGUGUGCACGAUCUUAUCUUUGUUUAUUUUCCUCUUCAAAAACUGCGUUUUUGACCGUGUAACACUUCGACGGCUCUCUUUUGUCAGAGCGUUUUCGAACAUUGCUGGCAUUUGUCUCCUUGUACACUGUCCUCCAUGCGGAGAGUUCAACAAAAUCAAAUGUUCUCAGCUGAAGUAAUUCUGAAACGAAGAAGGCAUGCAAUUUCGACACUCCGUGUCAUUAUUAAUUGCAUUAUCAUUUAGAUAAUGGCACGUCUCGCCACGGAUUACGGGAAUUUCUAUUUCGAGUGGGUUUAAGUUGCAAAUUUUUGUGAAAUACGCGGUUUUUAAGCCUACUUCGCCAGCUUGGAUGAAUGGUAUAAUAAAAUAAUACCACAAGUUAUAAGACCUAAAUUCACGUCACUUUCAUAUUAGUUAAAUUGAAUUGAAAACUAAGCCAGUUCAUGCUGCAAUUUGAAAAAAUAAAAUUGAACGUGGAAUUUUAUAGGAAGAUUCAGGAAAAAGUUAUUAUACACUGUAGUGUCUGCAAACUCCGUAUUAUUUUCCUCAUAAUUAUGAUUAUUUUGUUAUUUACUUUAGUUUUGAUGCAAUUAUGAGGGAGAAAAAUGUCAAUCAGGUUAUUAAUUGUGUUCGUAUGAUGACAAAUAACCAAUAAAUUCCUUCGUAACAUUAUAAAAGUUUUGUUGUUUUGUUAAGUCUUAUUUUUUUGUUUGAAAUAAACUGAACUAAGAUUGUCACCUGCAGUUAGAAGUAGGGAAAUAAUAAAUUUUCAGCCAUUCAGAACAUUAAGAUCUAGACAUCAUAAUAAUAGAGCAGGUUACAUUUGAGUUUGUAAACUAAACCUACCGCUAACAGCAUUUAUUUUUUUGCUUUCCUUUUCAAUUAGUGAAUUUUUCCUCUAAUGAGAAAAAAAAAAAGAUGGCUAAAAAAAUUAACAUUAUAUGCAUAUUAUUUUGUGAAGACUAGUAACAAUAAUAAUGAUAAUAUUAAUAAUCAAGUUGAAGUUCAAGUUCAUAUUCUUUUACACUAUUUGCAUUGUAAGUUCACAGAUAUAAAUGAAAACAGGAACAGAUUCUCUUGAAAAUUUAAUUAAAUAAAAUAACACAUAGCAUACUCAAAGUUCCCCCUAAAUUUUAGCUCAGCAAAUUUUUAGCUCAGCAGGUAAGGGACCAUUCUUGACCGGUAAGACAAUAUGCACCAGAGGCGCACUCUCCUGUCAGGGGAGGGGCUUCGUGUUCAUGAAGGCUUUUAUUUUCUAGCAUCUUGUCAACCAAUUGACCGAAAAGUAUUUUAAACACCUCAACACAAAGAAUUUUAUGAAUGAAAGCUGCCUUUGUUGCUAGGGUCAAUUUAGUAACACAAGUCGCAGAAAUUGCAAACUUUUCCUGCUGGUUGAGAAAGUCUGAGAAGCCCACGAAAAAAUUGUUAGCCUGUGCUGCUUUGAAAGGUGCCAGUUAGCACUUACAUUUAAAUAAAGUAAUCGGAGAGGGUAGCUGUGUAUACCUUUUCUUUUUCCGUAUUUACUUCCUUUUCUUGUGAGGAUCAGCUUGAAUCACAACUUGCAUAUUUUUGGAAACAACUUAUUUAAUUUUAGCAACACUUCAAGUGGUUGCAGGUGGUAAGAAGUGUUGCUUCAAGCGGUAAAUUUUACCGGUUACCGCCUGAUGAGGAGAACACUGAGUAUUGAAUGUGUGUGGUGGCCAAAGUAGAAACUGCUUUCAAAUAUGAAAUAAAUAUAUAAACAUAGUGAAUGAUAAAUAAAGAGAUAAUGCUAAGUUAAAAGGAGACAAUUUCAGUCUUCAGUUUGAUCAAUAUAUAUCCUUUUUAAAAGCCAGCAGCAGGUCCAUAGUUCAAAGUUCCUUAAAUGAUUUGACAGUGAGUGUGUUGCUUACGUUACCUGUAGAUGUGGCUUAUAAAAUAGACAGUCGCGUUGCUCUUACACUCUUGCCAUGUUCUGCUGCUGGCAGCUCAUACAAGUCAUCCCAAUAAUGAUAUGAUGGUGAUUAUGAUGAUGUUAAGUGGUGUUUUACUUCUCAAAUAGUUAUUAGUAAUAUCUGAUAAAGUCGAAAGGUCAGAUCUACUUCUGUGGUUGCCCAAAACAACUUCUAAGGAGAUUUUUGAAAACUUAUAUUCACUGGGUUUUCCCGAUGAAAUAUUGAAAUCAGUUGGUCUGCAUCAGGUUUAACAGUAUCAGAUUGGAGAAAUUUAAUUGCUGUUAUUUUGUAAUUGAAUUUUCUUUCAAUUACUCUGUCUGAAAGCUCUCUGUAAGGGCAUGAUGAGCUCUUCCCAUACUGGAAAUCAUUGUCUCUUUAAACAGAUUUUGCUGAUUGACAAAAAACUGUUUAUCUUAUUAUAAAGUAAUUUGCUUCCUGUUAUCAUUAGGGCUGUUUGAUAAAAUUAAACAUGCUCCUUAUAUAGGAUGUUGUUUUCUGCGUACAUACAAAUCAACAUUUUUGUCUUGAAAUAAUUUUUAUCUCUACUUUUAAGACUGCAGCUUAUAAAUGCAUAAAACAGUCAGUCAAAAACUGUGCAGCAAUAGUCUAAAGUCUUUCAAUUCUUGAGUCUUGAAAUGCAAACCUGUGACGAUAUGUCUUUCAGAAAAUAUGUAACUAAUCCUGGGGUUAGUGCUGCAUUUUUUUGUGGCUUAAUAAAUAAAGGUCAUAAACAAUAGGAGACACUCUAUCCAUGGCAUUUCACUUUAUCCUGUAGCUAGUUGAUGCUUGAAACAUCCACUUCCUAGGUCAGAACCAUUUACUCUAAAUAUGUGGUUUCUCAGCAGUUGCUUAAUUGAGAAAGAAAAGAAGUUCUUGUCCUCCGAUGACUGGUGAGAUCCCACAGAAUCUAAAAGAGUUAGUAGGGACUUAAAGAUCCUAGCACAGCGACGGAGGCAAACAUUUUGCUCUAAAAAGUGCAUUUCAUCUUGGUUAUUCCAAGUAAUGAAAUGUACAUGUAGGUGAACUCAUCUGGUGCUGAAUUUCUAAUACAAGAAAUCAGAAAGAGAGAGAAAGUUUUGUGACCCCUAAAGUCUUGUUUGCAUCCUCUUUAACAUGUGAAAUUUAGGCACUUUCACAUAGUAGUUUUGCAUUGACAUGUGUAGAGAAGGUGUUUUGAAUGUUAAACCUAUUAAUUGCAUUUUAUGAUGUUCUCAUUACUGCAGGUUGCAGUCAGAUCUUAAGUUCCCUAUCCUUAGUAUUUUUUGCUGUGUCCCCAUGCAGUCCUGGCACAAAAGUGAUAGGUUUUUGUUGUGUUUACUGAUAGAUUAUUUUUUCUUUUCAUCAAGGAACAUAUGAAGUUCAGACUUCAGAGAGAGCAAUGAUCGUAGUAUAUGAAGAAUAGACUAUGGACUCGCCUAAGAAGGAGGUUUCAAGUGCUGCAACUCCACGUGAAGUUGACUUGUUUGCGGAGGAGGCAUUGGAGGAAGUGUUUGAAACAAUUGAUAGUCUGCGAGCUCAGUUUGAUCAGCUACAAAUACACUGUGAGAAGUUGGCUGCAGAGAAGGCUCAAGUGGAUCAGCUCUUGAUAGAUAAGGAAACAGAAUAUCAACGAACAAAGGAAUUGCUCCAAGAAGAUGUUAGUAAUCUUAGAAAAGUCAACCUACAAUUAUUAGCUUCGCAGAAAGCAUUUGCUAAAGGUGAAACAGGUAUCAACUUAAAAUUUACUGUUUACUCUAAAAAUGAUAUCAUGUUUUGAUGUGUCUGCUUUUAAUAAUAUUUUGUUCACUGGAGUGAAAGAGAUAUUACAUGUACUUUGUCUUGGUUUGCAACAUGAUACAUGUAGCUUUGUCCUCAAGCAGCCAUAAUGGCUAUCCAGUAAUGUGAAUUCUUCUUUCAUAAACACAAUCAGUUUUCUAAUAUGAUCCUAAAGAUUCUUGAAUUUUUUUAUCCCCAAAUACUUUCUAAGUACCAGGUGUGAGAUUGAGGAAGUUUUUUUUGUUUAAAUUAAACGAACAACUCCCUUUCAUCUGACAAUAAUGUAAUAAACGAGGGCAAAAAUACCAAUAGAGAAAGUGUUCUGCUAUUGCUUCACUCUUAACAGUGAACAUUAGCAUCUUACAUGGCUGUAUUUUAUUGGUACUAUAAAUUCCUUCUCAGCAAAAUGCACUCUAGGGCUGCAAAAAGUAUGUAUUUAAUUACAGUAAAAUGAACUCAACUGUGGCCUUUCAGCAUUAAUCAGUCCAUCACAGGUCAUGUUCACAAAAAGAGUGUGUCAUAAGUUGCUUGUUAGCCAAUCAAACAAGAGAACAUGUUUUGUUAAAUAUCAAUGUGCAGUGGUGGCCCUAGUUGAGUUCUUUGCAGUGUAAUUAAUUUAUAUACACCUUAGGACCUGUUUACACGGAGUGGGGUACCCCGGUCUAGUGGGGUUGGUUUCUUUUGUUUUCACGCUCUGGGGGACACAAAACAAAAGAAACUUACCCCACUAGACCGGGGUCCCCCACUCCAUGUAAACAGGGUCUUAGUAUCUACGAAAUAAGCCAGAUAUAGGGUGUAACAUCUGAAUGUACAUUAACAUUAAUUUUAUUCAAUUUUAUUGGUACACCAAAACUAUGAAUAAUUUAUACCUGUAGACAUUCACUUACAUGUAAUUUUAUUCAUGUAUGUUACAGGUUAAAUUUGAUUUCAGGUUAAAUUUUUCUAACCCAGGUCAAUUCUCAAUUUCCUUUGUUCCUCAGAGCUAGGAGAGAAAGGAAAUUGAGAAUCAACCGAGGUUAAAUCAAAGUUAACCUGAAAUCAAAUUUAACCUGUAACAUAUAUAUAUGUUGUGGAUCAAAUUUUAAAUUUCAGAUUGUUAUUUUAAUGUUAGCAAGCCUGAAAGCAUUUAGGAAAAUAAAAUUUGAAUGGAAAUAAGGAUCAAAUCGAAUCACAACAUAUACAUGUACCGGUAGCCUACAAUUAACAUGCAUCAUAUGCAUGAAAGAAACACGUAAGGUAACAGUAUGAUAUGAUAAUGACUCUGUAAUACAAUUGUAACAAGAAGUUUUUUAUUGUAGGUCCUGUGGAUUUGGGUAGCUUGGGUUUUGUUGUUGAUUCUGAGAAACUGUACCAAGAAAAAGUAGAGGCAGAGGCUAAGGUAACUAAAAGAAAUUUCGUGGAAAAUGGGAGCAAUAUACAGUCACCUUGGAGAAAAAGAAAAAAAAAAAUUCUGGAGAACAUUUCUGGUCUCUAAACUGGAUUCAAGUCGAGAAAGUGACUCCCAGCUGGGAAUCUUUGAAGUCAGUGAAAAACAUUUUUUUUUUGGCUUAAUUUGUAAACAUUGCAAAAUGCAACAUUUUUCAAAAUCUGUCUUGUAGCAUGGCCAAUUCACUACAGGCACCCUAUCUCUAACACAACUUACUGUACAUACUCUCGCUCUUUCUCAUAAAACCCCAAGAAUCACAUACAUGCAUGUACCUUAGCUUAACAAUACCAUUAGGCUGGGACCCUGGGUAAUUUAGUGUGAAAUAGUUGGUAGGUAUACAAUGUAAUGGUAAGGGUAUAAGAAAGGGUGUGUAUAGAAGCUGUGUGGGAGGUGGGAUGCCUGUGGUGAAUGGGCUUUGCUUUGUAAGCUAAGUUUGGCAAAUGAUGCAUUUUCAGAAAAAAAAUACAUGUACACCAAUGCCAGAAAUAUUUCAGUGUCUCCAAAGGUUUCCUGCAGGAAGUCACUUGGCGUCUUGACAAAUGUUCUACAGAAGUUUUAUUCUCAGCGAGUCAAAAAUGCUAAAAAGCUGUAAGAAUCAUGCAUGGUGAAAGGGUACAAAAUUGAAGGUUUUAGUAGUCCUGUGAUGCAAUUUUUAUCAGUAUUAUUCUUAUUGUAUUUUCUUUGUUUAAGUUUUUGGUCAAAAUAAAGUUCGUCAAAUUAUUGCUAUUGUGCAGCUUUGUAUGGACCUGUUUUUGUUCUAUUUAUUUGCUUAGAGUGAUAGCUAACAUUUCCAAAUGUGAUUCAAACAAUUGAUGACCUUUCGAAUUGGCAGGUGGACGCACUGCAGUUAAAAUUGCUGGAAAAAGACAAGCAAUUAUCAAGCUUAGAAUGGCAGCUGGUAGAUGCAGAGGCAACAAUUGCCUCUCUACAGGCAGAAAGAGACCGUCUGGCUCUAGAACUAGACUGUGCAGUUGGGAAAGAACAGGAUGACCUCCAUGCACUAGGUGCAGUUGGUGAUACGUCGAGUAAUGACCCGCUUGAACAUCUUGAAUAUGGCUUGGUUGAGUCUGGUUAUGUUGAUGACAUGCCUGUAAGGCGAGUCCGUAAGCAGCCUCGGCGGCAUCUUAGUGACUUAACCUCACGUGGCAGUUCACAUGUUGAGGACUUUGGCGCCGUGUUCAUUGGUAAUUCCAGUUUUUCAGACUAUGAUGUUCCACACUUAGCAGAAAAAGAGUAUAAUGGAUUGGGUGGUUUGAAGCGAGCUAAUAACUUCAGUGAUAUAAAUAACCUUGAUGAGCAUGAGGUAUUUGACAGAAGGGCAAGUGAGGCGGCCUUGAACAGUGUUGGCAAGUGGGAAAAUUUUGAUGAACCUGAUGGAGACCUUUCACUGUCUGGUAAGAACCAAUUUGGUGGAGAUAUUGAAGGCAUAGAAAGAAAAGUAAAUAAUAGAAGAGAUCAGGACAUGUGGACUUUUACUCCAGACAGCAUCAUCAAUGUGUCAACAGGUACAUGUAGGUACCUUAUAAUAACUGACAAUAAUAAAAUAUUAUUUUAAGCAGUGAACUAGUUCAAUGGGAAAAAGAUUGUAAAGAAGAUUUUAUAAUACUUUUAUUUUUGCAAGGUAUUAAACCCAUUUCCAAAAGAUUGUUGUAGGAUGGUGUAUGGACAAAUUGAGGGAGUGUUGCUUAAUGUAACCAUGACAACCGAGUAGCAACCACCAGGCACCAUCACAUUGAGAACCUCAGCAGAGAGUUUCGUAGCUUCUUAAUUACCAAGACUUAUCCUGAGGGAGGGAGGGAUCGAGAAUCAAAAUGGCUUGAACAACAGCACAUGACAGCAAUUUGAGCAAAAUUAAUUGACCUUAAUUAAUUUAUCACGCUGUAAAUUGGUGUCACCCUCCAAAUGCCCUCUACCAUGCAUACAGGAUGGCUGGCGUGCACUGUUUCAUCUUUUACCUUACCUAAUUUGUGUUUAGCCACAUUUGAAAACAUAAUACUGUUAUUAAACCUCACAAUAACACUGCUGAAGCCCAUUAACUCAAAUACAAGUAGUUUUUAAAUUUCACUGCGGCAAAACCUACAUGACACAUGGAACCUGAUGUCAGUCUCCGUUAAGCUAAAAAUAAUACGAGCUUUCAGCUGAACUAGCUUGAAGAUCCUAAUUGAAGAUAGAAAGAAAAUGUUUCAAUUGACUGAUGCUUUGCGACGUGUUUGCCUAACAGAGAGUGUCUGCUUGAUGUGGAGUUUCAAAUGAAUGUACUUUCAAUUGCUAGUCUAGGAGCUAGCUGAAGACUGUCGCAACUGAAGUUCUUUCAUAGGCUACGUCAUUGUACUAAGUGUUUUUUAAUGACAUGAGGAAAGUUUCCAGGUGUGAGACAUACAGCUGUACAUUGUACUUGAAUGUCAUCUAUAAUUAUAAGUUAUCAGUUGUUUUGUUGUCUGGUAUAACUUUUAAAUUAUACCUCUUCCUAGGGGAGGAAUUGUCUAGUGUGCCUCCUUCACCAAAUGAUGUUCGAAAGCUUUCAAAGGACUCUUCUAUAAAGGAAGCUGAAAAUACUGCAAACAACGAGGAUUACUUAGAACAGAAUGGAGUGCGCAUUCCCAGUGAAUCACCAUCAGCAGAGGGGGCAAGCAGUAAUAUUCACAUAAAUAAUGAUUCUACAAGCAAUUCCACUAAAAGCAGACCUGAUUCUAGAAGGUCAUCCAGUGUUCUGGUUACUCAAGACAGUUCACCACUUAAGACAACUAGAAGAACAGCUAGUGAUGCCAGCACGAACAAGAAACUUCAAGAAUAUCAUAAAUGGAAAGUGGCAGGAUGCAAGGGAGAUCCACCAGCCAAGCUGAAAAUAUCUCCGUGAGUUCUCUUUAUGUUAUGGGGAUUUGUGGUUUGAAAAAUGAAUGGGAGAAAAAUGAAAAUAAUGGGGUGGGAUAAAGAAAUCUAAAAAAUAAUGUAAUGGAAAAUUUGGAACUUCCAAAAUAAUAGAACAGGUCAAGACAAAAAUUAGUAACAAUAAUAAUAAUAAUAAUAAUAAUGGUGAUGAUGAUGAUGAUGGUGAUGAUAAUAAUGCCGGUUAUAAUAAUGAUAAUGAUAAAAAUAACAAUCGCAGUAAUGAUUACCAUAACGAUAAUGAACAGCCAGGAUUCUGAGAGAAGGUGCUUAAUUGAUUUCUAAAUUUCCUGGAGAGUGUCCCCAAGUGAUCCUUGGUCGUUUGUCAUGACUUGCUCCCUUGGAAUAUAUGUCGGCAUGCAAACAGCCAGAGCUCAGAGCUAUAACAAUGAUAGUGAAUAUUGACAAAACAAAAAUUAACUGAAAUAAAAAAAUAAUUACAACAUACAUAAGCACCGCGGCCUUGAUAUAAUCAAAAUCAAAAGAUGUUGAUUCUGUUACGGAAAAUAUUAAUGCUGUAGUGAAUACAAUUUUUUGUCGCCUCCAAUGAUCUCAACUAAACACCACCCUCAAAUAAGCGCCGCAUGGCUUAAUAAGUGCCGUGGUGCUUUUUCGAGUUAGUAGGGUAGUUGUAUACAUGAUACCACUAUUUUUGUUUCUUUACGUGCCCAAGAUAUCAUUUCUUUUUACUGAGUUCAGAUUUUGGUUUGGAACUUCAUGAUAAUAUUAACUAACCAGAGACAGAUAGUCAAUUUGUUUGUUUCUUUUUUUGAUUUUUCAGAUGCUGAUUGACAGAGAGAAAUUAUGCCAAUUUAAGUUGCUGGAAACUGGUGGGACUCUCCUUUGUGCAAUUCAAGGCCACUCGCUUUACCAUAAUGUUUGUGGCAAUUCUUAUUGCAGUAGUCUCUAAUUUAAAGUUGAUGCUACUGUAGGCAUAAUGAACAAUUUCUCAUUUUUGUAUUUCUUUGGGUUUGUUCCCUGUCUCUAUCUCUCUGUUUGUUUUUUACAAAGCAGUUAUUUUUGGUGUGAUUUGUUUAAAUUUAAUGUGAAAGAAAGAGUAGUGUAUCAACUGUUUGGCUGUAAUUCUAGAAUUGAUAAUUAGGCUGGAGUGAAAUCACAUUUACCAUACACUAUUGUUACAUUUUCUAAGAUCGUACAAAAUAAUUUAAUAUUGGCAGCGAACUGAUGUCCUUUUUU